AUCGGCAGAUCGAGGUUUCUCGGCGAUCGACCGCUAGCUGCGCCGCCGGCCGGCCGCCAUGAUAUCGUGGCACGACCUGUACACGGUGCUGUGCGCGGUGGUGCCGCUGUACGUGGCCAUGAUCCUGGCGUACGGCUCCGUGCGGUGGUGGGGCGUCCUCACGCCGGACCAGUGCUCGGGCAUCAACCGCUUCGUCGCCGUCUUCGCCGUGCCGCUCCUCUCCUUCCACUGCAUCGCCGCCAGCAACCCCUACGUCAUGAACCUCCGCUUCGUCGCCGCCGACACGCUGCAGAAGGUCAUCGUCCUCGCCGCGCUCGCCGUCUGGUCGUGCCUCCCCGCGCGCGGCGGCGGCGGCGGUGGCGGCGCGACCCGGGCGCCGCCGAUCGACUGGUCAAUCACGCUCUUCUCCCUCUCCACGCUUCCCAACACGCUCAUCAUGGGGAUCCCGCUCCUCGUCGCCAUGUACGGCCGCUACUCCGGCGACCUCCUGGUGCAGGUCGUCGUGCUCCAGUGCAUCGUCUGGUACACGCUCCUGCUCGUGCUCUUCGAGUUCCGCGCCGCGCGGGCGCUCAUCGCGGGCCAGUGCCCGGACACCGCGGCGGCCAUCGCCGACGUGCGCGUCGACCCGGACGUGGUGUCGCUCGCUGCGAUGCGGCCCGGGGAGCGCGUCGCUAGCUUCAAGGCGGAGGCCGUGCAGGACGCGCUGGCGAAGUUGGAGUCCGGCUCGGCGGACCAGCGGCAGAACGUGAAGGAUGACGGCGGGGAGAACGGCGGCGGCGCGGGCGCGGGGAGAGCGGGUGGGCAGGCACCGGCGGGCGUGAUGAUGCGGCUCAUCCUCACGAUGGUGUGGCGCCGGCUGAUCCGCAACCCCAACACGUACGCCAGCGUCGUCGGCCUCACCUGGUCUCUCAUCUCGUUCCGAUUUCACAUCGCGAUGCCAAUCAUAGUGAGGAAUUCCAUCUCCAUACUCUCGGAUGCAGGGCUAGGGAUGGCCAUGUUCAGCUUAGGACUCUUCAUGGCCAUGCAACCGAAGAUCGUUGCCUGCGGAAACUCCGUCGCCGCCAUCACCAUGGCCAUCCGCUUCCUCUUGGGUCCCGCAGUCAUGGCGGCCACGUCUGCCGCCGUCGGCCUUCGAGGCACGCUCCUCUGCAUCGCCAUUGUUCAGGCCGCUCUGCCACAAGGAAUCGUGCCUUUUGUGUUCGCCAAGGAAUACGAUCUGCACGCCGCCAUUCUUUGCACCGGGGUCAUAUUUGGCAUGCUAAUUGGUCUUCCCAUCGCCUUGGUCUACUAUAUCAUUCUCGGACUGCUAUGACUGGUGACCAAGAGUGACCGUGCCAAAUGAAGCUUACACCUAGCUCAUGCAGACGGGACGAUGCAAUUAUACCACACGGACAGGAGACAACAGUGCAUAUCCACAAAGUUGUAGGCAUGAGGCAUGCCUGCAGUUGCUGACUCGACCUUCAUUUGAUCUUGAUAGCCUGAUAGGUCCCACAGAGACUGAGAGACCACCGCGGCGCCCAUGGAACCUCGUGGCCAAGAUAAAUGAGUUCACUAUGAGAACUUAGCAUCUGAUCACAAUUGCUGGCUGGAGGACCAGGACCAAAAGGAAUAACACUCAACAGCUGGA